AUGUCAUUAACAGAAACAACUGCUACGUUUAUUUACAAUUAUUGGUACAUCAUAUUCAUUAUAUUCUACACAACCAGCAAAAUCAUCAAGUAUCAUCACACGACAUAUCUUAUGAUAAAGUUCAAAGCUUCUCCGCCUUUGAAUUACAUAAAUAAAGGUUUUUUUGGAAUUCAGGCGACGUUCACGGAAUUGAAACAUCUUAUAUGUCACACAUCGAUUGAUUACGCCAUCGAUCAAUUCAAUAACGUCCCAUUCCCACAUGUUCAUACUUUUGUAACCAAAGUUCUUGGUAAUGAGUUAAUCAUGACAAAAGAUCCUGAAAAUAUUAAAGUUUUAUUGAGUUCCAGUUUUGAUAAGUUUGAUUAUGGAACACGUUCAAGUGCCGUGCAACCAUCUUUAGGAAUGGGGAUAUUCACUCUUGAAGGAGAAAAUUGGAAAGCAACAAGAAGUGUUUUAAGGAACAUGUUUGAUAGAAAAUCAAUUGACAAGGUACAUGAUUUUGAACCACAUUUCAAAACCCUUCAGAAAAGAAUAGAUGGGAAGGUUGGAUAUUUUGACAUCCAACAGGAGUUUUUAAAAUUAGGAUUGGAAUUGAGUAUUGAGUUUAUUUUUGGUCAAGUUGUAUCGGAAGAUGUCCCACAUUAUGAUGAUUUUACCCAGGCUUGGGAUAGAUGUCAAGACUAUAUGAUGCUAAGAUUAUUGUUGGGGGAUUUUUAUUGGAUAGCUAAUGACUGGAGAUAUAAACAGUCCAAUCAAAUUGUGCAAGCUUUUUGUGAUUAUUUGGUGCAAAAAUCACUUGAAAAUACAUGCAACGACAAAUUUGUCUUUGUACAGGAACUUGCAAAACACACGACCAACAAAACGUUCAUUAGAGAUCAAGCAUUAAGCUUGAUUAUGGCUUCAAGAGACACAACUGCUGAGUUGAUGGCAUUCACCAUACUAGAAUUAUCCAGAAAUCCCACUAUCUGGGAAAGAUUAAGAGAGGAAAUAGAUGCCAAUUUUGGAUUGGAAUCACCCGACUUGCUUACAUUUGAUUCACUUCGCAAGUUCAAAUAUGUUCAAGCUAUCUUGAAUGAGACUCUUAGGAUGUACCCUGGAGUUCCAAGAAAUAUGAAAACUGCUAAAUGUACUACUACAUUACCAAAAGGAGGAGGGAAAGAUGGUCAAGAUCCAAUUCUAGUUAAAAAGGGUCAAUCUGUUGGGUUUAUUUCCAUAGCUACUCAUUUGGAUCCGGUUUAUUUUGGUAGUGAUGCCCAUGUGUUUAGACCAGACCGCUGGUUUGAUUCUAGUAUGAAAAAUUUGGGGUGUAAAUACUUGCCCUUUAACGUCGGUCCAAGAACGUGUUUGGGACAACAGUACACUUUGAUUGAGGCAAGCUACUUGUUAGUUCGUCUAGCGCAAACAUAUGAAACAGUUGAAUCACAUCCCGAUUCAGUUUAUCCACCAAGGAAGAAAGCGUUGAUCAAUAUGUGUGCUGCAGACGGUGUUGAUGUCAAGUUCCAUAGAUUAUAA